AUGAUGGUCCGGCUCUCGCCGACGCAGACCGGAGACGUCAUCUGCAACAGCUCUUUCGAGACCUUGCGAAGACCCGACCCCAUUGGUACCACCACGUUUUCCCAGUUCGCGUCCUUCACCAUACCCGAUGAAGAGAUCACAAAUGGCGAGCAGAAGCGGGACAUGUACCUAGAUAUCGGUUUCGUCGUGAGUCUCGUUUUAGGGUUUUCUGGAUUGGCUGCCCCAGCGGCUUUUAUGCUCUACGAGCACCGCUGCCACAAAGAUGUGCAUGCGGAGGUCCGCCCCAUCAAGAGGCCAGCGAGCGAACCGGAAAGCAGCAGGAUAGGACAUUCGCAGCCGGACGCGUGA